GAGCUUGGAAACCCGUUUGAAACCGGUCGAAACGCUUCUCAACGGCCAGGAUGCGACACCGCAAGGGCAAAACCCGAACCAAAUGUUGCCUCCUUUCCAGAUGGCAGAAUCCCAGUACGAGUGGCGUUACUCACUGGUCAAAAACGACGCCCUGACAUCAAAAGACCUCGACGUAGGUCGAGAAGAAACUCCGGACCUGUUCCGUAACUCUACUAUCGCCCUCUUCGAGCGUAUGCAGACUAUAGGGACCGAAACGGAGACUUCCGAUGAUGAGGAUGACGACGAAAGUCAAAAGGAUCUGUACCCUGACGAAAUGGAAUGUGAUGAAGUCAAGGAGCAAGACAACGAUGUCAUUAGUGAGGAAGAUGAGGAAAUGAAUGGCCUUUCUCGCAGAAAACUCGUCCCCGAGCUACCUGGGCUGAGAGCGACGCCUGACACGGAUACGGAUCACCUUGAGUCAUCGGCUAUUCUCAAAGCUCCCUCGACAUCCGCUGAUAAUAACGCCGUGCCUGAUCAGUCUGAGAAGGCGUUUGAGGAAGCGAAAACGUUUGUUGCGGCCCCUGCGCCGCCAGUACAGCAAAGCCUCAUGGACAAAUCUGGUGCGCCAUUUGGAGCUGACCCUGCAGAGUUCACCGAUCUCGACUUCCCGCCGAUUGAUGGGCCUGAUGUGCUUGAAAACUUUGAUUUUGACUCCUUUCUCCACGUUGAAGACGCACAGAAAUCUUGGCCAGAAGUAGCAGAAAUAUCGAAAGGGAAGAAUCCCACUAGCUUUGGUAGCGCAGCUAUAUUCGAUCCCUCCCAGACUUUGCAUAUCCGUCGUACCGGUAUGCCCGAAGACGACCUCCGCGUAGAUACAGACGUAAAAGAAACAGAAUUCUCUCCCCUCCUGGCUGGAAAUUCCGAAACGCUAGUACCCUACCCGUCUACAUCUCAUUCAAGUCAUGGCAGCAGCUCUGUCGUGUCGUCACCGUUUGACCGUGGCUUUGGCAGUGUGCCGAAAGGGAUAGUCGCCCGCAAUGGAGGCGGACAUACCUAUGACUCUGCGAUGAGCUCCUCGGCUAGCAACGCUGGCUAUUGUGAACCUAGUCCAGAGCGCGAAGCUUGCGCGAAGAUGUUCCAAUGUUCCUUCUGUCCACGCCGUUUCGUGCAGGCGGAUUCCCUCCGCAGCCAUCUGAGCUCCCAUUCUCACCUUUCCUCUGAUGAGAAAAGGGUUCUGCAAGAGGCAGCAAAGAGGAACAAGACUGAGGACGUCGAACUAUUAGACGAUGAUCCGCUUCAUUACGCGAAACUCACUAGGGAAGUAACGUCAUCUCCCAGGACUGUCUCUUCACCAGGGAUGAAGGGGUUCCGCCAACGAGUCCAGAGCUACGUUGAAAAGGGGAAAGGUGCGAACAAAAGAGUGGCGUCUGGCUUCUCCGACGUGAUGGAUCCAACACCUCAAGAGCCCGUUCCCCAACCCGUCUUUGGUCAAGUCAAAUAUGACCGUCUAAAACUUACCCCGAGUGAGCCGCCUGUAAGCCACGAACCGAAUACUGUUUUCGCCACCGCACGUGCAGCCGAGCUAGUUCAGAACGUGGGGACCAGCAGCGGAGCUCUUGCCGGGAACGUGGCGCCGUUCAAGCCUCACACGGAAAGCCCUUCAACCGUGGAAAAGAGCACAUCGGCCCAUCCCCAGCACCAGAGCUUCGACGCCAGCGUUCUCUCAGAGCAAGAAUUCGGCAUGGAGGACAGCGGUCUACGCGACUUGAAUAUCGACGACCGCAACCUUUCUGGCUCUAACGAGGACCCUGGGUCGAUACGAUAUGAUCGCCGGGUAUUGACGCCUGUGAGGCUGGAUGAGAUUGCUGGGGUUCGCGGGGAAGAGGUGGAGAAGGAUGGGAAGGGGAAGAAGAGGAUGGCGGAGCUGGAGGUAGAGGAAAGCUCUGUCUUUGAGGGUGGUCUCAAACGACGGAGAAUUGAUACUGAAGGAGACCAGGAGAGUGGGGAUAAGAUGGUGGUGACGGAACGCGAUUUGGUCAAAGACUGCGGACAGGGCGUGCUUGGGCCUGUAUUGGCGUACUCUCGCGGGAGUAUGACUGUUGGAGAUGAAACGGGAUAUGGAGAAGAGGAAGAAGAGGAUAUUGUGGACGUGCUUUUGGGUAGGUGGACGGUUUUGCCAAAGGAGGUGUAAAGGCUUGAGUAAGGAGAUAGGAGUUUGGGAUUUUAAGGGAACAGGUCUGAGCCAUUUCGCAUCAUUUACCUAUGCUCAAUAACGAAGAACAAAACUCUGCUGGUUGUAGCGAAUCAUGAUAAAGUCAUUAACCC